AUGCCGUCCGACCUAUCCAGCUACCUUGCAAAAAACUACCUAGUAGCCGACCCAAAGCCGACCAAGAAGCGCAAGCGCAAGCAAGCAGCCGAAGGCCUCAUCAUAGCCGAUGACGACGACGCCUCCUGGGCCAGGCCACAAGCCUCAGCCAACGACGAUGUGGACGGACCAGCAACAGCCGAGGAGCUCGAAAAGGAGCGGCAGGCUAAGAUUUCGCCAAAGGGCGAUGUGCAGGGCGCGGCGGCCAAGGCACGGCCCGAGGCGCUCGAAGAUGCCAAGACUAUGGCGUUCGCGCGGGGCGCCGAUGACGAGGACAUGAACCGCGAGAUGAAGGGAAAAGAGAGGUGGAACGAUCCCAUGGCGCAGUUCAUGCAAACGGAUACGGCGACAACGACGACGGGCGGCAAGGGGAAGAAGGGGAAGAACAGACCCGUCUAUACCGGCGGCGCACCGCCCAAUCGGUACGGCAUCAGACCUGGCUAUCGGUGGGAUGGUGUUGAUAGGAGUAAUGGAUUUGAGGGCGAACGUUUCAAGGCGAUCAACCGACGAGAAAGGAACAAAGGGCUGGACUACUCGUGGCAGAUGGAUGAGUAA